AUGUCCUCAGAUAGUAAGAAGAGAAAGCCAAAAGUUAUUAGGGGGGAAGAAGGAAAACGGAGCCGUCAUGAAGAGCAGAAGGAGGGAAGAUACUACAGUGAAGAGACUGAGGUGGACUCACGUGACCCAAAAAAGGACUACCUGCUAUACAAGGAAACCUGUGAAGAACUACAUAGACUUAUGGCUGAAAUUCAGGACCUUAAAAGCAAGGGCAGCAAAGAUGCAUCCGCAGAAAUAGAAGAGAGGCGGAUCAAGAGCUGUGUGCACUUCAUGACACUGAAGAAACUAAAUCGUUUGGCCCAUAUCAGACUAAAGAAAGCCCGAGACCAAACCCAUGAGGCCAAACAGAAGGUGGAUGCAUAUCAUUUGCAGUUGCAGAACUUGCUGUAUGAAGUUAUGCACCUUCAGAAGGAAAUUACCAAAUGCCUAGAGUUCAAAUCUAAGCAUGAAGAAAUUGAGUUGGUAAAUGUGGAAGAAUUUUACAGUGAAGCUCCAUCAGAGAUCAGCAAGCCAGACAUAACUUCUGGUGAUCCCCAUCAACAAACAUUAGCCCGUUUGGACUGGGAGCUUGAGCAGAGGAAAAGAUUGGCGGAGAAGUACAAGGAGAGUUUGGCCAGUAAAGAGAAGAUUCUAAAAGAGAUAGAAGUGAAGAAGGAAUAUCUGAACAGUCUUCAGCCACAGCUUCACAACAUUAUGCAGGCUUCACUACCAGUCCAGGAAUACUUGUCAAUGCCAUUUGAUUGCAUGCAUAAACAAUAUGAGAUCGCACGCCACCUUCCAGCACCUCUGUAUGUACUGUUUGUCCAGGCAAGUGCCUACAGUCAGGCAUGUGACAAGAAGCUCUUAGUCACCAUUGAAGGGAAUGUCGAAGAGGCAAAAGCUUUAUUUAAACCGCCAGACGAUUCACAAGAUGAUGAAAGUGAUUCUGAUGCUGAAGAGGAGCAGACAACGAAGCGGAGACGUCCAACACUUGGGGUACAGCUGGAUGAUAAGAGAAAGGAGAUGCUGAAGAAACAUCCUUUGUCUGUGUACCUUCAAGUUAAGUGUAAAGAUGGCAGCUCACUGAAUCUGUCCUUCUUCUUCCUUAUGAACCUCAGUAUACUCACCGUAAAAGCAAAGGUUACACCAGCAUCUGAAUUGUCCAAUGCCAUUAGUGCGGGUGAUUUGCUGAACCCUGACUCUGUGCUCAGCUGCCUCUACCCUGGGGACAAUGGCAAGAAAACUCCAAAUCCAGCCAACAGAUACCAGUUUGAUAAAGUGGGCAUCCUGGAUUUGUGUGAGUAUAUUUCAGAGCUUGGCCACCCCUAUUUAUGGGUACAGACAAUGGGUGGACUACACUUUCCAACAGACCAUCCACAGCCUUCUGUGGUAGCAGACAAUGCUCUAAGUGCCAGUCACAUGGAGAAGACCAUUCACUUGCUGAGGUCCCGUCUACAAUCUCGGUUAUCUCUUCACAAGCAAUUUGCAUCUCUUGAGCAUGGUGUCAUUCCUAUGUCUGGAGAUUGCCAAAUCCUUUUCCCUGCCAAGGUGGUCUCACGGUUAACAAAGUGGAACAUAAUCACCUUUGAUGAUUAUGUGAAACUCCCAUACACGAAAGAUGUGGUGGACGCAGGAUUAGCAGUAGAUACUCAUCUGUAUUAUUCCCUCAUGAUUGAGCGAGGGACGGCCAAAUUGCAAGGUGCCAUGGUUCUUAAUCCUGGUUAUUGCUCAGUUCCACCAUUGUUCAGUCUUUGUCUAAACUGGAAGGGAACACGCAGUUCCAGAAAUGAUGAAAACAUCCGGAUUAUGGAGAGUGAGAUUAAUGUCUACUAUAAGGAGCUAAGUGGCCCUGCUCCUGGAUUUCAGCUGCUGACUAAUCAGAUGCAAAGACUGUGCAUGCUGCUAGAUGUCUAUCUAGAGACAGAAUGCCAUGAUAACAGUGUGGAGAGGACCGCAUGAAUUUCCUCCAGAGAAGAUAUGUCUACGUUUAGUCAGGGGACCAAGCCGCACCAAGCCUUUCAAGUAUAAUUAUCCACAAGGAUUUUUCAGCCAUCGUUGA